AUGCUUCAAACGGCUCUGAACGGGAGGUGGAAGACCCGAGUGGCGAGUUUGCGCGUGGCAGCGAGGGCAGAAGCUCGUCUGGAAAUACCCAAGAGCGCCAGCCGAGGCAGCGUGCACGUGCGAACGAGGGAAAUUCUGCGCAUUCCCUGGAGUCUCAGGAUGGGCUCUACGACAUCAGGUCAUUCUGGGAGCCCCUCAAGAACUGCAGAAGCAGAGGAAGACACAGCUUCAUGUAACUACCCCCCAAAUAGCGAAAGCCGUAGGAGUGGCGACACCCCCCAGGGCGGCCGUGGAUCCAGCAGAGAUGCGGACUCCCAUGGCAAUUUCACGGGUACCGAACGAUACUACAUUGGUAGUAGGAGCAGCAGCGAUGCAAGCAGCAGCGGGAGUAGCAGCGACAAUGGAGGCUCUAGCAGUGGCAGUGAAUCUGGAAGCAGCAGCUCCGACAGCAGUACCAGCAGGAGCAGCGGCUGCAGCAGUUGCUACAGCAACGAAGGCGGCUACCAGAGCACUGAAAACAUCCCUAGUAAUAUUAGCAGUGAUUCUGGUGUCUAUGAAACGUGGAGUUCCUGCAGGGAAUUUUCUAGAAGACCGUUCGUGGGAACGAGAGAUUAUGAGCCUCCAGUAGGGGAAACCGAGGGCCGUAUAUCGCCACCUUUCGUCUCAACUGCGUCGAGACUUUUGGCGCCGGAUAAUACUGAGGUUGAGGAGGAGACCAAGCCAGUUCAUGUGUCACCGACGACUCUAGAAGGUGAAGAAACAGCUCAUUGGCAGGAUGUGCAUGCUGGCAUGCGCGUCGACACCCCGACGCGCAGUAUACUGUCUGCUCCCAGUUCCCAGGCAAGUCUUGCUUCGCGACAGCCUCUAGCUGCGGGUCAUUGGCCUCACCCUGCUUCUGGUCUCGCUGCUGCGCUUUCUUCUUUGGCUCACCUAGUGUUUUCUUCACGGGAUCCUCGCGCUACAGCUACCCACAGCGAAUAUGCCGCGCCUUCCGCACAACAGAGAGGAGCCACACACGAUGAUUCCGCAGCUGCUGCACCGGAACAGCCUAGGGAGGGAGGACAUCCUUCCCUCGACUCCCAAUCUGGCGUACAGGGGUCAAGCGAAGCCUCUCGGGAACGGGAGGAAAAUUACAGCAGUCAGCGUGAUUCUCGUGAACUUGAAGAUGAUCCCUGUGUACCGCGCCUUGUGUCAGACUCCAAUGCGGAAUCUGGCUCUGGUACGCAGAAUCUGAACAUCAGUGUACGAGGCAACAGCGUAGGCAAAUGCUUGCCGGAGGCACAGGGGGAUGGCACCUACGGUUCUCAGGGGCCUGCUGGUGCUGGAAUGGCGCUCCAUGGCAGCCAUUCUCAAGCAGUUGCUGCUGAAGAGAGCCGUGAUAUCCAGGAAGCAAGCGAAGGACAGCAAAAGGCGAUCGGCGAGUCUAAGAAGCGUUCCUUUAGCAGAGAUAACAGCAACAGCGGCAGGGGGGUUGCACUGAGCAAGCAGCAGGUCGGUCCGAUGACGCCCCACCUGCUUGGGAGAAGACGCUUCGCUCUGCGGCGCCACAGUGGAAGUUUCCAUGUGCCUCAUGAAGCCUUGAGGCUGUGCAGCGAUCUGCCUGCUGGAAGUGAACAGCUUGAAGCUGAGUGUCGUUCCCCUGAUCCACCGCGGCGGCGAAGCACAUUUAGUGGCGCGUUCCUGCCGACCCAUUCAAAAGUGCGCCGACGCCCAAAUCGUGGGUCGUUCAUUUCCGACUCAUCUGAAGGGCUCGCCGAAGAUGGGAGCAGCUCUUCGGGCCCCGGCAGCAGAAGGGAUGCGUCAAUCGAAAGCUCCAUAUCCGGUGCAGGGGGGACUUCAUCUUCAUCGAGAGGAAGCUCAUCUCGACAAUCUUCUGCAAGUGAAGGUUACAGGACUUGCUCAAUGUUCAGAGCUUUGCCUUCGGAAGAGUCCGGAGGAGAAAGCCAAAGGCCUGUAGCUACAAAGAAGAGCAUGAGCACGAACUCACAAAGCAGUCGAACUGGCUCAGGCUGCGGACUCCAUGUAGUGCAUGAUGAAGCCAGAAAACGGCAUCUCACUACCGACUCGACAGGGCGGAGAAGCUUUUCCGAAACACCCGCUGACGUCCAGCUGGACAAAAGGAGGCGGACCCGAUGGCACUCAUGCUUGGACCCGUUGACAGAUUACGAAGAUGCUGCAGUCCGCAGUAUGCAAGAGCUUCCUCCUCUUGGAAGACUUAGAAAGUUGGCUUCUCAAAGGACGCAGCCCGUGACUUGCUACCUGGAACAGCCAUCAGCACCGUCAGAGCCUAUGUUAGCCAGUGCAAAUUCCACCGGUUGGGGAGGUUCGAAGCCUUUGGGCAUGGCGGCAACAAACCGUAUUCUGGAAAGUGCGGUGGAGUUCGCUCUGCAUAAGCAUCAACGACGUCCAGGCGACCGAAUACGGGCGGACCGCUUGCGGAGUGAAAAACUCAAAAUGCUUCUGGGGGGGGCAGAAGAUGAAGAGCCCUUAGAGGAGCGCAUGCCGGGAGUCCCGGCCUCCGCCAGUGUCGAUUCUCUAGAUGGUCAUCCUAGCCCAGUUCCGUAUAAGGGGACGAUGAAAAAGCGACUAGCGCUUCACCAGCCUGCACUGGCUUGCAGGAUGCCAUCCCAUAUUUUUUGUGGUAAUUUUAUGUCUGCCUCGUCUUUGUGGACUCUGCAGCUGUGGCGGCCAGUCGCCGGUGAAGACGGGGAGAGACCCGUGCUUUCUCGAAGUUCCUCAGAAGCCUUCAGGAAAGAGGACUCUGGCCUAAAAGCCUCACUUCAAAAAGAAGGUUACUCUACCGAGGAAGAGGCCUUUCGGAGCGCUUCGUCGGAAGAGACCCUACCAGCGCUGUCUGUGCAGCCAGCCAAGCGGCUUUCGCGUUCCCCCAUAAACUCUCUAUUGGACGAAGUACUUGAUUUCACCUUCUUCGAAUUUGGCUCAGCCUCAGCUAGAAGACGGUCCUCUGGUGUGGGACCAAGUGGCUCAACAGCUAAGGCUUCACAGGGCCAGGCCAGGGAGGAGAGUGCAAAUUUCCAACCCAACAAUAUGCCAAAGCCGCGGAGACCGUGGGCGUGCGGGGAACCGGUUUCGGUAGCCGAAGACCCGCUGUGUUUGUCGGGAUGGGGAGCGGCUGGGCAGGCGGGAGGCGCACCCGUUGAACGCCAUGCGGACACAUAUUUGUCUCCCGAAGUUCCAACUCCUCGAUUUCAGGCAGGGCUUCCAGUUAUACCUUCUCCACCAGGAGGCUACGCAGCCACCUCACCAAUGCGCAUUAUUUCGUCUCCUUUGGGGCCCUACCCGGGUUAUGGGCCAUGCAGUGGGAACACCAUCCGAGUCGAGUCACCGACCCGGGUGCGCUACGGUGUGGGUGAAAACAUCACGGCGCCGGUGAGCUAUUUCGAACAACAGGGUGGCAAAGUUUCAAUUCCUACAGUGCAGUCGGUAUACCCAGCGGAAGGGCUACAGAUACCUAGAAUACAAACAUCUCCCUGCAACGAUUGGCCUCCCGCCCAGAAACCACAUAUUCCUGAGCGGAGUAGUGUUCACCCAUCGGCAAGCUAUCCUCUCACAGCUGACGAAAAACAACUGCAAGAAAGAUACUCCCAUGUGAGGCCAGCCUGCAUCCCCUCAGUUCCGCCCCAUGCGCCAUCACAUGAUCCGUUGCAUAACAAAAACCCCAUAUCUGCAGUUUCAAGCAGAGCGGUCAGUUAUGAUGAACUCGAGAAACUCCGGGCGCAACAAGAGCAACAGCAGAAGGAAGCUGAGGAACUACGGCGAAGGCAGGAAGAACUGGAAAAGGAGCAAAAUAAGCAGAGGGAGGAGUUGGAGCUGGAGAGACAACAGUUGAAGGAGCAGCGAGAGCGCCUGGAAGAGCAACGUCAUGCACUUGAGAAAGAAAAACAGGAUAUGCUGAGUGCACACCUCCUAGGCACUUCUAAAAGCCGCAACAGGGGAUUUGAAUCAAGCAGCGGCGUCUGCAAGGGGAGCCCGGAGAGGUUGCCAGUUAGCAAUACGGACGAAGCUUUUGAUAUUCAACGGAAUACAACGAGUCGGACGCAACAAGGCCCCCCUAUUCGGCAUACGACAUCCACUUCAAACAUUUCAGAUGUACGGCAUGGCGGUCUAGCAGUGGACGCAGAUGGCACAGAAGAGAAGGAUAUCUCAAGCACAGUCGGCGGCCGUCAGCAAACUCUCCAGCCCCCAGCUGCCAGUGGUCGCUUCUUUAGUCGCACAGCAAGUGUUGACACAAAUGAUGACAAGGAACCUAUUCUGAGCCCUCAAGAAGAUUUGCAGACUGAUCCUUCGAUGGCACUCUCAACGGCUUUGGACAAACUUUCCAAGAUUCGUAUGAAGCUUGACACCUUGCAACAACAAUUGGAAGUGCAGUCGCAGGAGGUCUCAAGCUACUACAGUGCUCUCAAAGCAGCUGACCAAGUACACAGCUCCCUCCAGCAGACUGCUGCCGACUGCCGUGUUUGCUAUGGAAGACGUCACACACAAAUGCAAGAGGUCGAGAAGCGUCUCAGCGUCCUGACGGCCCAAGAUCUCCAUCCUUGUUCCGUGGACGAGCUUGAAGAGCUUGCGCAAGAAUUGGAAGGAACCCAAUAUAAGUUAACUGUUGUCCAAGCACAACGGGCAGGCGGUGCAGCAGAAGAAGGCCGCAAGAAGCCAAAACAACUUCUGCCUUACUCCUCCAGCUGCCUUCCAGAGCCCAAGUCUUCAUUUGCCAUUCCCGAGGAACCUGUUGCCAGAAUUGGUCCUGAUGAGUGCGUCGCCGUACAAGAGUCAGCAUUGCAAGAGAUCAAGGCUUUGGGUGAUGACCUGGAGCACAUUAAAACUGUGCACUGCGAGUACAAAAGGGCUUACAAAAGGUUGCAGGGCAUCAUGACCCAGCAAGUAAAUGGAUAUGACGUGGACCUGCAAAAGCUAGUCGCUAUCGAGAAAAACUUGGAAGAAAAACUGCGCAGGCUCCUGUUUCUCAACGGGGACGCGAACUAUGCCGAGCUGUCAGAUGCGCAAAUGCAAGAAUAUUUCCGCAUCGUGAACUUGUCGAUCCGCAAGGUCUACAGGGAGCUAGCUCUACGGGAAUCAGGCGACCGUAGACGAAAUGAGCCACGCACCAGCGGUGGGUGGCUUGAGUAG